AUGGCUAGAGGAGAGCCCGGACGCUUUGAUGCACUCGAGGCUGCCGGGUUCAAGGUGGAGCGUCGGUUUGGCGGUCAUUAUAUGGAUGUUGGAGCAAGUGCAAAGAUUUCAAAAGGAUUGAUCAAAGUCAAAUCUGACGCUCUUCCCGUUGAGUAUCUCGAGGACGGUCUUCACUUCACAGAUGGCAGCAACUUGAAUGCAGAUGUAGUUGUAUUCGCGACCGGAUUUGUCGGUAACAUGCGCCACACAGUCGCUGACUUGUUUGGGAAAGAUGUUGCAGCUCUAGUUGAUGACUUCUGGGGUGUGGAUGCGGAGGGUGAACUGAAGGGUGCCUUCAAGCCGACAGGAAAUCCCCGUUUGUGGUAUCAUGGUGGCGCCCUUGGACACGCAAGGUAUUUUUCGCGCUUCCUGGCGUUACAAAUCAAGGCUGCAUUGCUGGGCUCACCUCUUCGAAUCUAUCACAACACCCCAGAGAGGGGCUAG